UCAGAACAUUUUGUUGUAAUCUUUUUCCAUGCUACAGUCUUUGUUGUUCUCUAAUUUUAAUCGCCAGUGUGUGUGUGUGUAUAUAGUACUGGUCAAAAGUUUAGACACCCCUUCUCCUUCAGUGUUUUUCUUUAUUUCUAAUAUUCUCAGCAUUGUACAUGAAUAUUGAAGAAUCCAAACUAUGAAAAAACACUCAUGGAAUUCUGUAGUAAACAAAAAAUGUUUGUUAUUACCAAGAAUAAUUACCAAAGAAUAUGUUACAUAUCUAUAUCUAUCUUUUUCAUUUCAUAGCUUUGCAAGGAGCAGCGUAUUUGAGUGUAGGUUUAGGUUGAAAUUUUUAUCCAAUCAGCUUUCAAAGGUCAAAGGUAAAAUUUCACAGUGAAGACUGCAGGUGUCCUGUAGCUUACAAUCCAUGUUGUUUGAAAGCUGUUGAUUUACCAAAAAAAAGGGAUUGCGUUGACUUUGUUGACCCCGGGGUCCUCUAGAACACGUCCAAUCACAUUUUCACGUAUUCAGAAACCGGCGACUUACAUCAAUGCUUCUUGGCUAAGAAACACAAGUAAUGGACAUUAGAGCGGGAAAUUGUCAUUUUGUUUCUGUAUUAAUCUACAAUGUUUAAAAUAAUAAACUAAAGAAAAAGCACUGAAGAAGAAGGUGAAACCAAACCUUUGACUUCUUGUGUAUCUAUACACUAAACACUAAAGUCACAUGACACAUAUAGUGUGUGUAUGAUGUGUGUGUAUAUACACACUGGAAGUGUGUAAAAUAAGAGUGAUUCUAUAUUUAAUGGGGGUCUGCGGUGUCGUGGGCUGUGGGUUCAUAGCUGCAGUGUGGAGAAAAUUAAGGAGAUUUUUAAAUGUUCUGGUUCUCUGGAUAUUGUGCAGAGUUUUUCCUUCUCUGAGCUGUUGGUGUGUGUGUGUGUGUGUGUGUGUGUUUGGUUGUGUGUGAAUAUAUGUGUAUAUGUGUGUAUGUGUAAGUGAAUGCAUAUAUGAGUGUGUUAAUUAUUGACAGACAAUGGUGAUAUGAAUGAUAUACACACUUCCACUCCCACAUAGCUUUUCAGCGUGUGUGUGUGCGUGUGUGUGUGUGUGUGAAAGCAACUUCAACUCAUGGUUCAUAGAGUGUGGUGAUAACACGGCAGUAGUUAAUCAGGAUCAACACACACACACACACACACACACACACACACAAACAUUCAAACAGCGGGAGUUCCUCUUCGUCAGUGUGUGUUAUAGGGUGUUUUAAAAGGCAGAAUGAAAGACAUAAUGCAGGUGUGUGGGUUGUGUGUGGGGUUUUUGGGGUGUGUGUGUGCAGCCGUGUCACUGCAGGUAAGAUCCUGGAAAGAGUCGAGUGAUGAAGACAGCGUCAUCAUCACCUCCAAUUUAUAUGAAAAUCUGUGGAUGUCCUGUGCUGAUGACUCGACCGGCAUCUACAACUGCUGGCAUUUUCCAUCCUUAUUCGCCUUACCAGGUUAUAUUCAGGCGUGUCGUGCACUCAUGAUCACCUCCAUCGUGUUGGGGAUGUUUGGUCUGAUCUUCACGCUGGUCGGUAUGCAGUGUUCCAAAAUCGGAGGAGAAAACUACAUAGUGAAGGGAAGAAUUGCCGUCCUGGGAGGAGUGUUUUUCAUCCUGCAGGGUGUGUGUACGAUGAUCGCUGUGUCGUGGUACGCUUCAAACAUCACACAGCAGUUCUUCAACCCACUGUACACAGGAAUCAAGUUUGAGAUAGGAGACGGUUUGUAUAUCGGAUGGUGUUCAGCGACACUCGCUCUGAUUAGUGGCUUCUGCUUACUGUGUGUGUGUGGAAAUGACAGCAAGGAGGAGAGAAUGGCGACAGCACACACUCACUCAGCUGUGUCACAAAUCUCUCACAUGCCCUACGUACAGCACAGAAUCAACUCGUACAUCUGAGUCAGAGAUCAUCCUCAUCAUCCUCAUCAUCAAAUCCACCACAAUCAUCAUCAUUAUCUUCAAUAAACCCAGGAGUUCCAGUGAGAAUUAAUUGAAAUAUGAGGGAAUGUAUUGGUGUGAAUUAGGACGGAGUCGGUGUGUCUGUGAUGUAUAACACACUGUACAGUGUGCACUGUGUGAAUGACCUCAAAUAAGCCUGUGUGUGUGUGUGUGUGUGUGUGUGUGUGUGUGUGUGUUAUAAACUUUGUAGUGAUUUUAUUAACUCAUUGAUCCUACAUCACACUACUAAUAUAAAUAUGAUUAUUUUAGUUAUUUUAUUUCUGUUUGUUUCAGAUUAAGUUUGUGAAUCUUUAAUGUUCUAUAAAAAAUAAAUAAAAAAUUAACUUUU